GUAAGGGGAUUCCAAACGAAGUCAAACUCAAGGAGUUCGGAAAAGGAGGCAAAGGCACGAUCGAUCUUGAGUCGGCUCUUGAUAUUUACUGUGUAGACUGCGGCAUCGAGGGCAAGGUUGUAUCACAGGGUCGCAUCAGCGGAAAAAUAAUUGGCGGGGUCGACAAUGGCUUCAUCGAUGUUCGCAUGGAUAUGGCGGCGAGUCUAUUCGUUGGUAUCGUUGGAAACAUCUCGGUCACUCUACCGAAGUGGACCAUUGAGUAUGGGAACUUCCCGUUGACCCCCCCACGCCUCUUACCAUCCCUGGUUUGGUCGACCUUGGGCUCUCCGCCUCUAUGGCGGUCGAUGCCGCAGUUAAGCUUAGCCUUGACGAUGCGAAAAUUCUUGCCGGUGGUACUCUUGGUUGGAAGGGUGCCCAUGUCCAUGCUAGAUUUGGUAGCGAAAAAUCCUAUGCUAGUGGCUGGACCCCCGAGUUCAAACCAUCCUUCAAGGCCGAGGGAUCCAUCGGCGUCGCUAUUGACAUCGGUCUUCCCUUUGAGAUCUCCUUGGGAGUCAAAUUCCUAAACACCAAGAUGGGAACUAUCGGAACCGUCUGGGGAGAACGGCCGUCAAUCGAGAUCAAGGGGUCGAUCGCCGGCAAAAUCGAGGCUGGGAACGGCCCGGUUCAAGGGGAGUUUGGCGAUGAGGAAUGCAAAGGCAUCAAGACCGGCAUCGAGCUGAAGAACGACACGGCCAUCAAGCUGCGUGCUGGAGCACUUACCACGAAGCUCACCGACGUCGGCAAGCCCUUAAGCAAGGAACUGAAGAAAGGAUGCAUCGCCCUCAUCAAGAAGAAGAUCAAGCGCGACUUCCCGCUCCUUGGACGCCAGGUUACCAACGGCACCGUAUCUGGAAACAGCACCGAGGAAGAGUUCUUCAUGUCUCCGGACUUCCUCAUCGACCAGACCGCCGUGGGCAACGCAUCGGACCCGCUGGAAGAGUACAACUUCCCUUCCCAGGAAAUCUCGGCCUACAACCGCACCGACAAUCUCGAGUUCAUCGGCCUCCUCGAUUUCACCCAGGAGUACAUGGCCACAGCAUGUGGUAACGGCAACAUGUACCUCCAGAUCGCCCAGAACGAGGCCGUCCUUGAUGCCUCUGGUUGCGGUCCUCUCUUCGCGUGCGACUGGGACAGUGACACCGUCCUCGGCGACGGUUCCGGCCGCAUUGCUUACUUCCACUCCGACGUCAUGGAGAAGGUCGGCGUGUCGCGACUCCGGUUCGCCAGCACGGCAUACUUUCCCGCCGGCGCUCAGUACGUGUCCUUCGUGCCAUACGAAGCGGAGGAGGGCUGGAUAUAUCUUCCGCCCGACGACGCGGGCAACGUCUACGGCACCGCGGUCUGCACGUACAAGGGUCCCGCGCUGCCCGCCAAGCUGUUCGCGAUCAAUGACCCGGAGACGGCGAUCGAGGUACUCAUGAGCCCGGAUGUGAAGUAUAGCAUCACCGGAGGCGACGUGGAGGAUUGCUUCUCCCUACCGCUACGCGAGGGAGAUGACGAGCCCGAUGCCGCGUGGAGUGGAGUGGGUGAGGGUGACGCUUGGGAAGAUGAUUGGGUGGAGGAGUGGACCGAGGAGGACUUCUUUGAUUUGAUCUCGGGAAUGACCGAUGAGGAGUUUGAUGCGUGGUUGGCGGAAGAUUGGUAGAUGGUGAUCCGCACAUAAACGAAAAAGGUGGAGUUUGACGAUAUCAAGAUUAUAAUUCAUGUUAAUAGUUUCCCUUCGAAUGCUUGCAUGGCAGAGUCUGAGAUGAAAACAACAUGUAAAUUUACAUAUGCUAUUUGUAUACUCUGAAGACUUAAUAGAUAGAGCGGCCAGUAUAGAAACUUCUUGGCUGUGUUUGAACUAUAAAUGCCACCAUAUCGGCCAUUCACAGUACGAGUCGACCCCAAUACGGCUCGUGAAGAUGUGAGAUAAAUAGCGGUUUCGUUCAAUCAGGUGAUUAAUGCAGCGACACGGUGGAAAAACACCGUUAGAUUCCAAAAGAGCGUAGAUAGAUUGAACUUGAUCCUGAAGAGCCGGAUCCUACGAAAACAGGCUG